AUGGCUAUGUUAUCACCCGUGGCUGUGGUAGGAAACGCAAUCAUUUUGGCGACAAUUUGGAGAAGAACUUUUCCACGAACAACGUUUCAUAUCCUUUUGAGUGGAAUAGCAUUAAGCGAUCUUUGCACAGGACUCAUUGCUCAGCCAUGUUAUGCAGCGAGCAUUCUAAUAUCUCCAACAAAGCAUUCUAAUGUAAAGGAUAAUCCAAAGCUUGCUGCCAUCUUGCAUACCGUAGGCGAGGCAACUGCCAAUUUCUUCGUCUCCGUUACCAUUCUGACCAUAACAGCGAUGUCCAUUGAGCGAUGGCUGUACAUGUCUCGAGGAUCCUUCAUCACAUGCCGUCGUAGGUAUUUCGCCCUAAUUGUGGUGCUGUUCCUGCCUGUUCCCACUGUUGUAAUUCUGGUUUUAAUACACCAGAAUUUCCGGUAUAGAAAAAUAUAUGAAGUAAUUAUAAUCACACAAUUUUCAUUUUGCUAUACAAUCGUAUUAUUUGCUUAUUACAAAGUUUAUAAGAUCAUUCGACGUCAUGAACAGCAGAUUAAAGCCAGCGAAGUUUCAGCUCAAAGAUUUGGUCAGAAUACAAGAGAUCCGUGGCCAACAUGAUGUAUAUUUUAUUGCUGUUCUCUCUAUGUUUCACACCAUUUGCUGUGGCUGCUCCUGUCGAUUCUAGUACACAUUCGAAAGCUGGAAUGGUAGCAGGGAGUCUGUCUGUUGUGCUUGUGUUGCUCUCCUCUUCUCUCAGCCCAGUUUUGUACUUUUGGAGAAUGAGGGAUAUUCGGAAUAGUCUGAAGCAACUGUUAACAAUACACAGAUAGAAGAACAAUUUAAAUGACACGAUUUUAUUUCUAUCAUUCCUUUUCAACUACAUUAUGCUACAAUUUGAUGCUACCACAAAAGUUGUGUUUCCGCAUAUAUAUAUAGUCCAUCUGCCUGAUUUAAUGGCAGCGUUUAUUAAAAGGUGCGAGAAAAACGUGAAGGGAUUUGUAGAUGAUAAAGAUUGUCCUCGUAACUGUAUGAAAAGCAUUAGGCAUAGUUUAUUCUGAGUUUUUUCGUUUCGUGAUGUAAUGAACACGAGGAACAGAACGAAGAAAAACUACCAUGAUAUUAUUCAAAGUAUUUACAUGAUGUUUCCUUGUCUCUUAAAGCUAAUUUGUAGAGUUAUCCUGUCGAGUCACAGUAAUGAUAACAGUAAAUAUAUAAUCACAAUGCCAAGGUACAAAAUAAAAUGAAACUGUUUUUAUUUAACAAAAACUCUGCCCUGAUGGUGGUUCUUGCUUGGCAUGAUGUUUGGCGUUUCGUGAAGCUUGAUAUUUCUUACACAGCUUUUGAGAAUGAAAUGAAGGUUCUGUUUAUAUGAAAAGCUCAGUUUUAUAUGCACUCUGACUGGUUCAUAGAUACAUAUCAUCUAUUGGAAGGCAGACACAUAGCUGACACCACUAUUUACAAUAUUUUGCUUUGUCAUCAUACAAAACAAAUAGCUUCCAUGUUGCCGUUAAUCUGAACAGUAGUAGAUCACAGAAGACGUCAAAAUGUGGUAAGAACAUCAGUGACAUACUCGGCUACUUCUCGUCAGUGAACCACGUUUUUGUUCUAAUCUCCUUUUGGAGUCAUCAGUGGUUUAUCACUUAACACGCCUACGGCAACAGGAAUUCUAAUGGUCAUACAUUUCACAGUAAGUUUUAGAAUUGAAGUUUAGUAAUUGGACAUGUUGAGCUGGCUUACGUUUCGUUUGGGUAUUAGCGCAUUGCUGCAGUCCCAGAUCCCUUGUAUUGUGUUCAAGGAACUCGUCACAACCGAAAAUGUCUCUAAAGCCUUUUCGAAAGGACUCAUUAAAUACCGCGUAGACAAAAGGAUUUAUUGCACUGUUGAAUAUCUUCAACAAAAUGAUAAAAGGAAUCAGCCAUAUUGGUGCUUUCAUCACGAGCUGCUCAGCAAAUGGAUGCAGCCACGAAAAAACAAAUUGUGGCGCCCAACAUAUAAAAAAGAUGACUAUCACUGUAAUCAUCAUAAAUGUGACUCUUCGCGCCGUGUGAUUUGCUAUUUGCUGUUGCCGGGCGUUGAACUCUCCAGGGACCUUCCUUUUCCAGAGACGAUAGCUGAUCAGGGGAUAAAGAACUGACAUUAACGUAAACGGCAGUAGAAAACAUGACGCAAGUAUCAUGGAAUUGGCAUGAGAUAUUGUAGCACUACACGUAGUGUUCCCUGACUGAUUGGGUAUUUCAUCUAUUUCCAAAAGAGUACCAACUGGCAGCAGAAAGGACGUUGCCCAUAUGACCGGGAUGGUUAUUUUGGUCCAUUUUGACCAAGGCUUGUGUUUCAAGGGUCGACUGACUGCCAUGAAGCGAUCUAUUGUUAUACCAACCAAGCUAAAAAUACAUGCAAGAAAGGAAACCAAAGCAAUGUACAGGCUUGUUUUACAUAACACUAUUCCAAAACUCCCGAGGGGCCAAACUGAUCCAAAGAGCAAAUAUCUAAUUAACGUGGCACCAGUCCAAGUCGAUAUCACCAAAUCUCCGCACGCCAUGUUGAGUAUCAGCAGAUAAGUAGUAGACUUCAUGUUUUGGUUUUUCCUAACAAUGUGAAUGACCGACGAGUUACCAACGAAGGAGAAAAGAAACAGCACACCCGUCAGGAUCGAGAAUGCUACUCUGGAACUGAGAGAAUAGUCCAGUAACCCUGCUGGAAAAAAAGUGUAAAGAUGAACAUAAUCAAUUCUGGAAUGAUAAUGAUUCUGAGAUCUACUAAGAUUUGAAAUAAAGUUAUCGAAAGACGUUUUAAACUUUUCAUCGAACGUUACUAGAAGUAUUAAUCUCUUCUCAUACUGAGAUACAAUUUAUGAGUCGACUUUGUAGCCGAUCGAGCGAAGAAAGAUCUUGAUGAUAUUCUAAGGAUCUCAUGUGACACAAGUCAGUACAGCUUGAAUCAGCAAUGCCGAGAGUGAUCUAUGUGGUUGGGGAGCUCUGGAAUAUUCUGAUCCUGAAAGUACCUUAAGUGCUCCUUGUUUUUGUCCUAGAUUAAAACUAUCUAGCAGAAGACAUACCACAUAGGGUCUGUCAUAACUGUUACAAAGAGUUAUUGCUCAUAGUUUUUUUCCCAUUCUCUAGACAUAAUGACAUUCACAAUGAAAAACAGAGUAUAAUUUUCCGCUCAAAACUUCACUCGAUAUUAAUUGUGGGAAUGAUUUUCACAGAGUUCGAUUAAUAUCUUCUCUUAUCUUCAGUUUUAACUUUUUGGGUACAUAAAGCAGAUAUACUUACAAAGAAAAUGAAAUAAUCAGUUCUCGUCCAAUUUUUUUUGCAUUUCAAAGCUAAAACCGAACCAAAUUACUUUCGCUUUACUCUGCUACCAAAUUUCAGAGGAGAGUGACUCUUCCAAGAGUAUUAUUUUUCACCGUACCCACUGUCGACGUACUUUUGUUGCUCAUCCUCAACACCUUUUCUGCUUGCUUCUCCUACUUACAGAAUUAGAUAUUUGUGGGCUUCUGUGUACUUAAUUCUUUCCCUCGAAUCCUUUCCUAUAAUCAAUAUGCUUGUAAAUUGACCCGGCGGGAGCUUUUAAUUGACUUCAGGUUGUAUUGUUUGCCAAGUAUGGUGUGAUGUUGCAUCUCAAACCACGUUGAACCUUAUCUAAUUUAAGCGACGUCAAAACUGCGAAGGCAAGAUUUACGUUGCAUGCAAUUCUUUAGUAAAUAAAACAAUGACGAAAAUAAUAGAUUAUCUUUGGGACUUGGGCUUUGUUUUAGAAUGGUUUGAAGUUGAACAUUCAUCUGUCAUGGUAAACUACACCACACUUAGUAUAAUUAAAUGGUCUGUGAAAGUUUUAUGCGAAUACAAAAGCUUUUCUAUAGACGUGUGUUUAUUCAUGGUUAACAUUUCUAUUGCCCCUACAGAAGCUAUCCCCGCUGAUAUUACUGAUUGCCUUCCAGAAAUAUAAUAUUGAGACGCGUUAGUUUUAAUGCUGGUGACUGACAUCUAGCAGAGUUUUGAACUUAUUUAAUUAUUCAUUCGCACAGAAUCCUUCUGUAAUAAAAAUUGAUUUGCUUAGGGUAAUUGGAUCACGGCUCUGUGAAAAAUUAAUCAACAUUAUUUUGCAUAUGAAAGCAAGAUUGCACCUGUCUUCGAUACGCAAAUGCACCCACACGCUACAUAUGAUCUUCUUGUGUAUUACAACCUGUUCCAGCCGUCCUACAGUUACUGAGCAAGUUUUUAAAUAAAAUAAAUAAGCUUCUGGAGGCCGAAAAGGAAAAGGCCUUUUAAGGCCUGUUUUGUCUUAGGCUCGAAACAAGACAUUUAUUUGAAACUUAAUACUUAAAAACUUAAUUAAAAAAUUUCUGGUCGGCUAAUCAGUUGAUGAGAUAUGAAGAUAAGAGGCUAUUGUAUUGGGUGCUUAUUCCGUGGUACUAAAUCUUCCCGGCUGUCAUGGAUAACAUAACCUCAUUAAAUAAUUGUGAAUUUCCUUGAGUUGCUUUUGCUCGUCGACUGCGUUUUAGGACGGUCAAUAAUAUAUUCAUAUAUGUGGAAACAUGUUUUUAUGAAUAUUGUUAGGCAAUAAAGAGAGGUGUCUUUAAAACUGUUUUCACUGGUAGAUUCCCGUUGUCUCUAGCGCAAGACAAAGAAAGCAAAAUCUUUGUUUCGAACAGGAAUCGUACGUCAGAUCUUCGGAUUCCGUGCUCUGUUACUGUACCAGUAACCGGUAGGAAACUCUUUGGUUAGCAAGAGUCAUCACUAGGUUUAUUCAUGUUAGGCAACAGCUAUUCCGGUUUUAAAAUUGAUCAUCGGCAGAUCAUGGACCUGGCAGGAAUAACUUAUUUAAUUGCUUCUGCCUAACAGCUGCUUAAGGCCAGUACGAAUAUCUCUCAUCCUCCAAACAUACAGGCCUGGGUUGAGUGUAGAAGACAAAAAUAUAAGCACCAUUGACACUUUCUCAGCAGCGAAGGCUCUUUCUUCAUAUUUGGAAUCAAGAGUAAAUUUUAGGGGGGCUGCAACAAUGUAAGGAAUGAAACAGACAGAAAACAAAAUCAAAAUGUACACCAUGGUAGCCACAGAUUUCUUGUUCUUUGAAAAGUCUAUGGUGGGUUGACCAAAAUUCUGAGACCCCCAAUGGGCACGAAUUUGUUGUUGGUGAUGGCGUAGAAUACGGUAAACUUUGAAAUAGCUGAAUAAUGUCACAAGAAAACAACACGACAUCUCUACGGCUGUAGUUACAGCAAACACAUAUUCAUACGCCGGAUCUUUAUGGUUAGCUAACACGCGAAUAACAGUUGCUGGAAUUGGGAGAAAAAAGACCAUGAUAAGGAAGAAAUAUCUACGACGUGAUGCACUAAAUGAUGUUUGAGACAUAUACAGCCAUCGUUCAACGGACAUCAACGUUAUGAUAAUAAGUGUUAUGGCAAUGAAGUAUGCACUGCUGCUCUCGCCAAUUGUACGAAUGUUUAUCGAAUUUGUUAGACACGACGCAGCGAAGAAAGGUUGGGCAAGAAGUCCUGUGAAAAAGUCAGUUAACGCCAGUCCGCUUAAAAGAACAUGGAAAGAAGUCCUGGUAAAAGUUCUUUUCCAAAUGGUGGCCAAAAUCAGUGCAUUAGCAACCACAGCCGAUGGUGAUAAAACAGCAAUGAUGACUGAUGUAGACAGAUCAACUGAAUUGAGGAAAGAAACCGGGUGUUCUCUGCUACAAUCAUCUGAACUAAAAUUACCAAACUCUUGGUAUCGAGAAGUACAAUUCUUGUUGUCUAACAUGUUGUAUUGCGGUGCUAUGGUGCAUGGAAAAGACCACCUCAAAACCUUUUCGCCGAAAGUAGUUAAUUAAUAAGAUUUAUCAAUUAGAGUUCACCUUACAAGUACUGGUAAGUUUUUGACAUCGCCAAGCUGUUGUUAGAUUCCGUGUAACUGUUCACUCAAAACGCAUUAUAUGGACCAUCUUAGGGUCUUUUCCAAAUGUCGUAUGAUAACCUAUUUAUUACCUGUGCUCGAAUGUGUGUGCAGGUUUUCAAUUACUUAAACUGCAGUGUCACGAGCCAAAAAUAUCCCCUAAGCUCAUUGGAGAGUUUUAUAUCUAUAUCGCUCUUCAAGAUAAGUUAUACAAAUGCUGUCUAGUUGCUUAUAUCAAAUUUGCGUCUUCUAAAAUCCAUGACAAAAAGAUAAAGCAACUUUUUAUCAAGAGCCGCAUGAGGGCGACAAGCAGUAAUUAAGAAGCUCUAACUUCUGUCAUAAAAUUGCGAGGAAAGGGAUAUUUUUUGGAGAGUUCUUCGGAUUAAUUUAGAGCAAAAAGCGCUGUUCGUACUGGCUUAAUCAACAGAAAAUUAAACAGUUACUUCUGUUUGUGUCUUUGUGCUACUCUUUAAAUUAAACGUUAUUAGAAGGUGCACUCCAAAAUUUGGUGUUGUGAAGAUUUUCUCCGAAGGAUCCUCUCUUUAUUUCAGUUAAUGUGCAGCCCAGCUAAAAGUUUGUCUUUUUUCAUUCGCGGACAAGUCAAGUCGAUGAUAAAUCUUGAUGAUAGAAAAACCCGCUGUUUAUCACUUGAUAAUAUUUGUGUUGUUAUUGGAGGGUCUCAAUGGGGCGGUUACUUUUAUGGUUUGAGGUUAUCGGUUGUAGUUUCGGCCAUUUGUUGUUUAUUUGUUCAUUUGUUUCUUUACGGUUAACUUUUUAUGACGAGUAUCGGUUACAGUUUGUCAAUUUUUACGCCUGACGGCUAAAUGUUUCGGCGGUUUUACGGAUAUCAGUUAACCCCGUUGAGAACCUCCUAUUAACUUUUAGGUUAAGUGCUGAUUAUAAACGAAAAAUGAAGCUGCCUGAUCUUAAGUUAGAUAACUAAAGCCACUGAAUCUUUAAAAUGAUGUUAAAAUACAUUUUUCAGAAGACACCAAAAGAUGGUUGUAACGUGUCCUUGCAAGGCAUGAUUAUGAAGUGUACUCGCAAUGCAUGACUGUCAAGCGUCCUAAACAUAGAACGGUUUAUCAGGCACGAUUGCAAAGUAACGUUAAAGUAAGUGACUGUUUAGUUAACGAUGAGCAAUAAACAAUGAGCUAUACUAACACAUCGCCAUGGGGGAGGCUUACGUGAUAAUUACAAUUAAAAUUAACAACUUUGUGACUAAAGUAAUUUCAAAAUCAAUCGACAGUUUAAAUGUUUUCUUUUCCCUUAAACUCUGGUAUAUUGCAGCUGUAAAGGCAGUCGCUGAGCCACCCUACACUCAACACAGCGGCGCAACUCAAGUGGUUUGGAGUUCACCGCCUUGACUGCAAGAACUGCUCUAGGAGCUGACCUCUAAAUCUGUGCUUAAAACCUACGACUGACUUACGAAGGUUAAUGAAAUCGCCUAAUUAGUUCGAUAAGAAAACAAUUCUUAAUCAAAUUGAUUUGAUUUGAUUUGAUCUGCCCAGCCAGAAUCGGUUUUAAAAAGUGGAAUAUUUGGAAGCCGAGAUCCACGGGUUGUCUCAGAGUUAUCUCACUUCUUAAGCGUUCUCAAAUGCCUGAUUGCAAAGUUUUACUGUACCUUAGUUGAAUGAGUAAUAAUGAAAUGUCCUUAUAUCGGAAUGUUGGUGGAAGAGUAGUUCGAAAACCACGCGCAUGUGCAAACGGGAGGCGCCUGGUGUCUGAUCAGGAACAGUUUUUUUCACUCUCUGAGACUCUGUCUCUUUCUUCUCUAAAAUUCAGCCCUAAGUACACGCUCUUAACCCUUUCACUCCCAAGAUAUCAAAAGUAAUUCUCACAGUCUUACAUACAAUUCUCAAGAUGUUGGUUCGGAGAAUUUGGUAUUGGAUCAAUUAAUAAUCCUGUUAUUGGUAUUUUUUCUUCAUUCUCCUUAAUAGUUCGCUUGACAAUAUUGCUAUAGUAAGGAGAAAUUCUGUCUUGUUCACAGUUAUGGGAGUUAAAGGGUAAUUAAAUGCCGUAUGUAGGCAUGUUUGGACUUACGGGACAACUGACCUUGGAAGAGUUCACAUAUUUUUAGAACGUUAACCAAAACAAUCUCACGUAACAUUCGAAAUGAACAACAAAAUACUUGAAAAACAAGCAAUCUUCGAGGACUAAAACCUAGACAAAACUUCCCGUUGAGGACUCUAAGAAAGAUCAAGGACAAACCCAAACACGACAAGCGAUGAAGAUUAUCGUACUAGAAUUAAGUCAUUAUACAAAGGUGAAGGACACAUCAUUCAAAGGGUAAAAAUGAAUGUAUGGUCUUGCUACUCAUAACAAACCAAGGCUCGCAAGACUAGCAUCAGGAUUUCAAAAUAAUCCAACAGGCCUAAACAAUUCCCAAGAAUUUUGCCCAACCGUGUGUUUGCGAGUUACGGUAACUCGUGAACACACGGUUGGGCAUCCCUCUGCGAUUGAGGGCCAGACUGCUAAUAUCUUGUCUCCGUGAACGGGACUUUGAGCGCGAUGCCCUAUGAGUUCGCUAUUAAUUUAUGAAAGGUAUCUGAUGAUUCUCUUGGCCGCGACGAAACGCCGCAUCAUGCCAGCCACGAAUUUUUCACAAGUAAGUGGUUCAUAACACUAAAAUGCACAAUUGAAAAGAAUCCGCACAAUGCACAUGUAAUAGCUGAGUGACAUGAAACGACCUAUGAUGGAAAAGCAAGAUCUAACUGCUGCUGCUAUUGGCAGAUGGUUUUAGCCUAAUGAAGCUUUUAUUAAGGGUAACCUAAUUUGUCGAAAUCAAACACAAUUUUUUCAAGGUGUAACGGCAGAGCGAUAGGGGAUCAUUGAGUUUUUUUCUAUAUAUCGUCUUCACUUAUAAUUUUAGUAAUUUUUAUGCCGAAAAGCAAAACAAUAUUAUUUGCGAAUAAUAAUGUCUUGCUUCCAUCAACACAGAAAGAAUAACGUAAAUGCUCCGAAAAACUUUAAUUAAGAAACUGCUUAAAGGAAAUGUUGAUACCUUAUUUACCCAAGUCAUUGUUUGAGGCUAAAAAACCUGUGAGCAAAUAAAAUAAAAAUGCAAAUAUCAAUCAAGCUUUAUUCGUUCCAACCUUUUAAAGCUUGCUUAUCUUGAACACAUGGACAGAAUUUGGAUUGUUUCGUCUUUUCCUUCAAGGUUUCAGAUUCGUGCAUGAACACUACAAAAAUAUAUUUUUACGAUUCCCUUCAGAUUCAAUCAUCUCGUAGCAAACUUUGAUUUUAGUAUCGCAGCAUGAUCUAGUCGAGUUGAUAUGACGAACAACACGACUCUCUCUUGUGAAGAAAGGCUUGUUUCUCUUACUACUUCUAACGAUGAUGACUUCAGAACGAAACAGGUCUCUCUCUCCACCUCUAUCAUUGUUGCUGCUUUGUCACCAGUCGCUGUAGUGGCAAAUUUUCUGAUUUUGGCGGCAAUUUGGAAGAGGAACUUCUUGCGUACACCAUUUCAUAUCCUGUUGAGUGGAUUGGCGUUUAAUGAUUUGUGCACAGGACUCAUUGCUCAGCCUCUGUACGCUGCAACGCUUUUGAUUUACUCGAUAAGCUCGACAGUAAUAUGUCAAACACCAGUGCUUGUUAUAACGAUACGUACAAUCGGCGAGAGCGCUGCAGUUGCCUUCAUUACCAUGACGAUUCUAACCAUCGCAGUGAUGUCCAUUGAAAGAUGGCUCCACAUGUCACGGCGAUCUCUCAUAACAUGGCAUAGCGGAUGUCUCACCGUCCUCAUCGUGUUGCUUUUUGGGAUACCUAUGGUUGUUGUUCGGAUUUUAGAGAAUAAUCAUGGACGGACAACGAGAUUACUUUUCAUUGCCCAGAUUUUGUUUUGUUAUCUAAUCACAAUAUAUGCACAUUUCAAAGUUUACCAAAUCAUUCGCCUACAUAAGCACCAGGUCCGAGCGAGCACAACUUGUCAUAAUUUUGGUCAGCCGGCGAUAGAUCUGACGAAGUACAAGAAAUCGAUAGCAACUAUGAUUUAUAUUCUCUUGCUGUUUUCUAUUUGUUUCGUGCCUUAUAUUAUCUCCACUGUGAUGUACUAUGGAGUUAGCAGAAUGACUUUGGAAACAUAUUUUUCCUUUAGAGUAUCUGUAGUGUUUUUAUUUCUGUCUUCGUCUCUCAACCCAGCGCUUUACAUUUGGAGAAUGCGAGAUAUUCGUCAUGGAGUUAAGCAGCUACGUGACUGUUUUGUUUUUUAA